AUGGGGCUCAAACAACGACUUCAACUCACCACGGCCACCACCAGCAUUGCCAGCUUCUUUUCCUCUACGUCAAAAUCAACACUAGACUCUACUUUCACACCCAGUGGCAGUGUAGUUUCACUCUUGAAACGAUGCAAAUCUCUAGCGGAAGCCAAGCUAAUCCACCAGCAAAUUGUAGUGAGAGGGCUCAGCCUCAGCCUCAAGGCAGACACAACAACACCUCUAUCCCAACUGGUGCACGUGUACAUCACAUGCGAUGCACCAUCCGACGCUCUCACAACACUCAAACACGGACUCCUUCCUUCUCCAUACACAGUAUUUUACUGGAAUACCCUCAUAAAGAACAAUGUACUCCACCGUGAUCUUUUCAAUGAUGCCCUCAAACUAUAUGUCCAAAUGCAAAGACUUGGAUGGAGGCCUGAUGGGUACACUUUUCCUUACGUUCUCAAGGGGUGUGGCGAGCUUCCAUCGUUUAAGAAGGGGGCUUCUAUUCACGCUGCUGUUCGUAUUAAUGGGUUCGAUGGUAAUGUGUUUGUUUGCAAUGCCAUUGUAGCUAUGUAUGGGAAGUGUGAUGCUUUGGAUGAUGCACGACUGAUGUUUGAUGAAAUGUCUCAGAGAGGGGUAGGAGAUGUGGUUUCUUGGAAUUCUAUCAUUGCUGCUUAUGUUCAGACUGGUGAUCCUGCCACUGCACUAAAGGUAUGUACCAUGUACAAUAUACAAACCUCUCUCCUCUCUGAAUAUAUAAUAUGGGGAGUGUUGUGGUAA